GCAAGACGCGAGACGGGGGCUGCCGCUCAGACCACCCUGGCGGACCGCAGAUCUCCUCAUAUUUUGGAUUCUGGCAAUGUUAUAAUGAAUGACACUUUGACAUCAGAUGUCGUUGGUCGGAGAGUCGAAGUUAAUGGAGAACAUGCAACAGUGCGUUUUUCUGGCGUUGUCCCUCCUAUGGCAGGACUCUGGUUAGGAGUAGAAUGGGACAAUCCCGAGAGGGGAAAGCAUGAUGGAAGCCACGAAGGGACUGUGUAUUUUAAAUGCAGGCACCCAACAGGAGGAUCCUUCAUUCGUCCAAACAAAGUAAAUUUUGGAGUAGACUUUCUCACUGCGAUUAAGAACCGCUAUGCGUUAGAGGAUGAACCAGAGGAAGAGGGAAAAGAGCAGAUUGUUACAAUUGGAAAUAAACCUGUGGAAACCAUUGGUUUUGACUCUGUUGUAAAACAGCAAAGUCAGCUGAGCAAGUUGCAGGAAGUUUCUUUGAGGAACUGCGCAGUAAAUGGUCCUGGUGACAAAGGAGGAAUUGCCAAAGCUUGUCCUAAUCUUAGAAGCAUAGAUUUGUCAAAAAACCUGUUGUCAUCAUGGGAUGAAGUCGUAGAUAUUGCUGACCAGCUCAAGCACCUGGAAGUCCUUAAUCUCAGUGAAAACAAACUAAAAUUUCCCUCCAGUUCACCAUCUCCAACUGGAACAUUUUCUGCACUGAAGGUUUUAGUCCUUAACCGGAUAGGAAUUACAUGGACGGAGUUCGGCUCCUAGAAGCCACUGUUCGUGUACACAGCUGGGUUUGAGAGUGGACUCGUGGGUCCUGGGCCCUGCAGCCUUUGGAACUUAGAUCUGGUGCUCCGCUGUGCCUCCGGGUGUCCUGUCCUUGAGAAACUGUACCUUGAGUCCAACAGUAUCGUCAUUUCAGAAAGGCCGACUGAUGUUCUACAGACGGUCAAGUUGUUAGACCUUUCUUCUAAUCAAUUAAUUGAUGAAAACCAGCUGUUUCUAAUAGCAUAUCUGCCCAGAUUAGAACAGCUAAUCCUUUCUGACAUUGGACUUUCUUCUAUACAUUUUCCAGACGCUGGAAUUGGGUGCAAAACAUCAAUGUUUCCUUCCUUGCAAUACCUUGUACUAAAUGACAAUCGGAUAUCACAGUGGUCGUUUUUCAAUGAGCUGGAUAAGUUACAGAGUCUGCAUACGCUGUCCUGCGCCAGAAACCCCCUGACUGAAAGCAGCAAAGACGCACAGACCACACGGCAGUUCGUCAUCGCCAGGAUCGGUCAGCUGAGGACCCUGAACAAGUGUGCGAUUCAACGAGAGGAAAGGCGUGGGGCUGAGCUUGAUUACCGAAAAGCAUUCGGAAACGAAUGGAAAAAGGCUGGUGGACAUCAAGAUCCAGACAAAAACAGACCAAACGAGGAAUUUCUUGCAGCCCAUCCUAGAUACCAGUCACUCUGCCUCAAAUAUGGUGCACCUGAAGAUGGGGAACUCAAAGUGCAACAACCAUUUUUGCUCAAAAACCAGCUACUAACACUGAAGAUAAAACAUCCUAAUCAACUUGAUCAGAAAGUCAUAGAGAAACGACUGCCAGAAUCCAUGACAAUUCAAAAGGUGAAAGGCUUGCUGUCACGUCUUCUCAAAGUUCCUGUGUCAGAACUUCUGUUGUCCUACGAAAGUCCCAAAAUGCCGGGCAGAGAGAUUGAACUAGAAAAUGAUCAACAGUCAUUACAGUUUUAUUCUGUGGAAAAUGGAGACUAUCUAUUAGUGCGAUGGUAACAGCCAACUAAUAAAAUUCAGAGGUUAGACCGUUUAUCGUGACUGGGGUUCACUGGAAAUAAAUGACUUAUUGGGCCAAUUUGGUCCAAACAAAAUGAGGUUUUACAAGUUGCCCUAAGUGUAAAACAGCUGUAUUUUUCAUAGGGAAGAGACCGUUUCCAGGCUUGUAUAUAACAGCCCUAAUAAAGGCUUUGCACCUA